AUGGUUCUGCCCCCUUGCCCCAUGGCGGAGUUCGUGGUGUCGCAGCACAGCGCGGUGAUGGAGCGGCUCCGCCGGCGCAUCGAGCUUUGCCGGAGACAUCACAGUGCCUGUGAGUCCCGCUACCAGGCCGUGUCCCCGGAGCGCCUGGAGCUGGAGCGCCAGCAGACCUUCGCCCUUCACCAGCGCUGCUUGCAGGCUAAGGCCAAGCGAGCGGGGAAGCACCGCCAGCCGCCCCUUCCUCCCCCCACGGCGCCACCUCCAACAGCUCCUCCGCAUCCGCCUUCCUCUGCUCCGGGCCCCGGGCCCGGGGCCUCUGCGACUCAUCUUCAUGAAACUGUAAAAAGGAAACUUGAUAAUUCUGUUUCACCUCAACAUGGCGACCAGCCAAAUGGCUUUGGGGACAUAUUUCCUGUGCCCAAGAAAUUGUGUCAUGAUGAUGGUCUUGGUGGGUUGAGUGGCUCCUCCAAUGGAAUACCUCCCGUAUCCCCUCUACAUCAGCCUGAUAGCAAACCUUCCAGUGGAGAAAAUUUACAGCUUAAUGGAAAACAUUCCAUAAGCCUAGAUGGAAUGAGCAAAAAGGAUCUGCCACAUUCUAGCCUUCAGUUGAAUGGAAGCAGUGAUGCUGAUGACUCAUUUGCUAUGAUUAUUAACAAAGAACUCAAACAAGAACCAGAUGAUCUUCCUUGUAUGAUUACGGGACCAGGAAGUUCUAUAUCACAAAACAAUUUGAUGUCUGAUCUUAACCUUAAUGACCAAGAGUGGGAGGAGCUAAUGAAUGAGCUAAACAGGUCAAUGCCUGAUGAGGAUAUGAAAGACCUAUUUACUGAAGACUUUGAGGAAAAGAAGGAUGCUGAUCCUUCAAAUUCAACUGCACAAACUUCUUUACCACAAGAUAUCAUUAUAAAGACUGAAUUUUCCCCGGCAAACUUUGAACAGGAACAGAUAGGGUCUCCACAAGUCAGAUCUACCUCUGCUGGCACAACAUUUAUUGGUACAUCUUCUGUCCCUGUUACUGCUGCUUCUCCAGCAGUUAGUAAUUCUCAAACAAUGUUUCAGCCUUCAAAUCAAUCCAUGUCUGAAAAUCCCAACCAGUCAAUAAUGCAACCAGCAAGCCAGGCCCAAAACGUUCAGAGGCCUCUAUCUAAUUCAUUGUUAUCUGGACAAACUACAGGGAGUGCCAAAGAGAUGUCAUCUGCUAAACAGCUACAGCAAAUAGCUGCUAAGCAAAAGAGAGAUCAAUUGUUGCAGAACCAACAGCAGGUCCACCCAUCCAGUCAAAUUUCUAGCUGGCAGCAAUCUGGACCUUCUCACAGUCCAUUGGCUCUCCCAUACUCUAUGGAAAAUCCAACUAGCCCUUCUGUUUAUCAGCAAGACUUCAGUAACCAAAAACUCCUGAUACCCAAUAUGCCAAACAAGAGUUCUCCUAGGACAGGAGGUAACUAUCACGGUGGAAAUAUGUUAAGCCAUCAGCCAAGCAACAUAAAUCAGAAUUCUGCAUCUAAUCAAAACUCUGUGCUAGAUUAUGGGAAUACAAAACCUCUUUCACAUUACAAAGAAUGUGGGCAAGGAAUCACAGUGCCUGGACAAAACAAGGCUUCUAUGUUAGCAUACCUUCAGCAACAUCAGCAGCCUACACUGCCUCAUAUGAGUGAUGAGCAGAGUGGCAUAUUUGUAAUGAAGAAGUCUGGAAAUAUUGCUUAUAGGCCUUUAGUACCACACAGUCAGGAUCAAAAUCAUUCUGCUGGCGUUCCUCGCAUUCCCGUUUCUGUUCCUGGCACUGGUGUAAAUGCACAGCCUCCUAAUGUUUCCAUGGCAGGUAACCAUGGUAAUGCAGCUUAUCUCAACAGUCAGCAGCAAGCAGCUGUAAUGAAGCAGCACCAGAUGCUACUAGAUCAUAAGCAGCAACAAAAGCAGUUGUUAAUAGAACAACACAAACAGUUUCUAAUGGGACAGAGGCAACUUCUUGCUGAACAGGAGAAACAAAGGCAUCAUCAGGAGCAACAACUCCAAAGACAUUUGACACGACCACCUCCUCAGUACCAAGAUCAGACACAAAACACAUAUCAACAGCAAGUUGGCCAGUUUCCAGGCUCAUCUCCAUCAAUGACAGGGGUAAAUAAUUUAGGCCAGUCCAACUCCAGCAGUCCACGAAUGUUUUCUCAGAAUCAGAACAUGAUUCAGAUUGGAACAGGGCACAGUUCUGUCUCAGCGAGCAGCACUCAGCAAGAUCGAGCAGUUAAUCAAUAUACUGGUCUGCAGAAUAUUCAGCGAGGCAAUUUAUACAGCAUGGCAUCUGGUAUGACCCAAAUGGUCCAACAACAUGCAAAUCCAACUGCCAAUGGUCAGCCACAAAUGCAAAGACAACCCAGUUUGGCUCAGGGCACUGCUCUCCCUGCUGGAUAUGGACAGAACACGCUAGGAAAUUCAGGCAUUUCUCACCAACACAAUAAAGGGGCACUAAAUGCUACAUUAUCCAAGCCUCAGAUGGCAAGAAUGCCAGCAAUUGGGGCCCAAAAUUCAUCCUGGCAGCAUCAAGGUAUAUCAAAUAUGAACAAUCAGGCUCAACGAAAUAAUGGUUUAGGGACAUUUACUGCCAACUCUACGUUCCAUAUGCAGCAAACUCACUUAAAGUUGUCCAGUCAACAGUUUGCCCAAGGAAUGCCUCAGGUAAGCCUCAACACCAGCAGGACAAUGGCACCCAUGAAUUCAGCUGUCUCUGGACAGAUACUGCCAUCGUUAGGGGCCCAGCAGCGGACAAACCCUCCUACUCAACAGCCAGUCCAGGCACAACAGGUCUUGCCAGGCAUGAGUCAAACUGUCCCAGAUCUGACUUUCAGCCAGAAUCAGAAUCAGCAGCUGUCCAACAGAACCAAUCUACACUGUACUCAAGGUUAUCCCGUGAGGACAGCUAGUCAGGAAUUGCCUUUUGCCUACAGUAACCCAUCUGGAGGCAAUGGCCUACAGAACUUAACUGGGGAUACAGACCUCAUAGACACUUUAUUGAAAAACAGGACUUCAGAAGAGUGGAUGAAUGAUUUGGACGAGUUAUUAGGGAAUCACUGA